AUGUAUGAAGCUGGAGUCUUAGCUGCCUUGCGGGAAUUGUCACCUGACAUACUGAAAUCUGCAUCCAAGAUCUAUGGGGCAUCUUCAGGAUCGGUUGUAGCUACACUGGCAUUGUGUGAGUGUGAUAUAGAUGAGAUGAUACUGUCCUUCCUCAGUAUAACGAAAGCCUCUCUCUGGUGGCGUUUCCUUGGAAGAAAAGUCAUUAAAAUCUUAAAGGAUAUGUUAAACAAAUACCUGCCUACGAAUGCCCACCAGCUGGUAUCUGGAAAGCUGCAUGUUAUCCUCACCCGUUUGCACGACUGGAGAAGCGUGGUGGUUUCAGAGUUUGCCUCGAGGGAGGACCUCAUUCAGGCUGUGACAUGCAGCUGCUUCAUCCCUUUGUACUUUGGAUUUUCACUUCCUAUGUACCGUGGGGUGCGUUACAUUGACGGGGAACUCAGCAUGUGGCAGGCCAACUUCGUGUCCCGGACCACGAUCACCGUGUCUGGUCUCGCCGGGGAAUACGACAUCUGUCCCAAAGAUAGCCCAGCUGCCUUCUUCACUUUCCAACUCUCUGACUGGCCAUGCCAGCCACAGAAGAGCAUUUUUGACCCCGCUGCUGCCUUUGGCCCCGGUUCAUGUUUUAGAGGGAAAAAGAGCAACUUGCAACCCAGCCUGCAGACAGACACCAAGAUGGACUGA